AUGGCGCCCCUGCUAGCGCACGAGCGCCUUCAUUGGCGCGCGAGUACUGCAGAAGCUGCGCGAUCAUUUCUGCCAGCUCACGGUGUGGCAGCGCCUACGCUCGUCGCUCGCCCCAUCGCCCUGCCGCUACAGUCACCACGGCGCCCUGCGUCCCGUCGCCGCGACGCCCUGCGUCCCGUCGCCGGCAGCGCCCCGCGUCCCGUCGCCGCGGCGCCCCGCGUCCCGUCGCCGCGGCGCCCCGCCUCCAGUCGCCGUGGUGCCCCGCGUCCCGUUGCCGCGGCGCUCCACUUCCCGUCGCCUCGGCGCCCUGUAUCCCGCCGCCGCGGCGCCCUGUAUCCCGCCGCCGCGUUUGCCGCUGUGGGAGGAGGUGGCGGGGUGGGGGGAGGGGAGGCGCGAGGCUACUGCCGUUUCGUCCCGUUCUCGCCGCCCCACCCGGAACCCGAUGCCCCACCUGUACCCGGCCGCCUGCCCGUCUCCCCCCCCCCGUCGCAACUGUUCGCGUGUGCAGCGGCGGUCGCUGUAGGUGGGAGAGGGAGGACGGGAAGGGAUUGGCGGCCCAACCGACGCGCCAGCCAGCUCGCACCCCGCCCAUCUCCCGUACGCCACCCGCAUGUGCACGACCCGUCCCUGCCCCGCCUGCAUCUGCCGCGUCAGCAACUGCCGUUUCGUCCCGUACCCGCACUGUCCCUGCCCCUCCCCAUCCCUCCCUCGUCGCGCCUUCCCCCUCUACCGCGCCUGCCUAUGCCGUGUUGGGCGGUGGUGGGUUUGGAGGACAGUGGGGGCGGCGGCGGCGGGAAUGGCGGGAGUUGCGGGAGUGGCGGGGUUGGCGGCUCAUGUGGGGGGGUGGGGGAGGCGUGGGGGAAAGGGGUGGUGGGCGGCUGUCAGCAUGACAUGGAGGGGGUGAUCAAACUGCAGCAAUUGUCGCCACGCCUCCUCCUCUCUCUCUCUGCCCGUGAUCCUGCCCGUGAUUCUGCCCGUGAUUCUGCCUGUACUGCUGCCCGUGAUUGUGCCCGUGAUUAUACCCGUGUGUUGCCCGUAUUUUGCCCGUGUUCUGCCCGUGAUCCUGACCGUGAUUCUGCCCGUGAUUCUGCCUGUGAUCCUGCCCGUGUUGCUGCCCGUUCCCGUGCCAUACUGACCGUGCACCUCCUGUGCUCCCGUGAUCAUGUGCUACUCAUGCUUCUUGUGCUUCUCGUGCUGCCCCGUGGUCCUGUGCUGUCCCGUAUUGCCCGUACUUCCCCGUGCUUGCCCCGUGCCCGUGCCCGUGCUUGCCCGUGCUGCCCCGUUCUGCCCGUGCUACCUCGUGCUCCUGUGCUGCCCCCGUGUUCCCGUGCUGCCCCCGUGUUCCCAUGCUGCCCCCGUGCUGCCCCCGUGCUCCCGUGCUGCCCCCGUGCUCCCGUGCUGCCCCGCUCUCCCCGUGCUGCCCCGUUCAGCCCUUGUGCUGCCCCGUUCUGCCUGUGCUGCCCCGUUGUCCCCGUGUUGCCCCGUUCUGCCCGUGUUGCCCCGUUCAGCCCAUGUCCUGCCCCGUUCAGGCCGUGUCCUGCCCCGUUCUGCCCGUGUUGCCUCGUUCAGCCCGUGUCCUGCCCCGUUCUGCCCGUGUUGGCCUGUUCUGCCCGUGCUGCCCCGUUCAGCCCGUUUGUGUCCUACCCGUGCUAUCUGUACCCGUUGGUGCCCCACCCGUGCUGUCAGUUCUCGCUCGUGCCCCACCCAGUCUGUGCUGCCCGGUCUCGUGCUGCCUGUCACCCCCGUGCGGCCCGUCCCGUACAGCACCUAGUUGCUACCCGAACCCGCUACUCGUACCCGUGCUCCUCGCACACCGUGCACCAGCUGCGGGGCGUUCAACCGCAGCCGGGCACCUGUUCCACCGCGGUGGUUCAGAUGCUGCUUGGUGGUUGCUGCUUGUCAGCUUCAGAGGGGGCCCCUUGCUGGUGUUCCCACGCCCUGUAA